AUGCACGGCUGCGUCGCUGCGAUCGCCAAGGGGGAAUUUGGUAUUUACGAAAAUCAGCGGAGCAACGAACGAGAACAUCGCAUCGCAGCGGUGGUGGCAAGCCUACAGUCCACCCAAAGCCCUGGGAUGAUGUGCGGCAGCACCUCCAAGUCGGAGCGACAAUGUAAUGAUGCUGCCGCGGUGCCGAUCAACAGCCUUCUCCCUCCCCUCAUUGACCAGCCGGCGAAGUUGUGGAGUGAUACACGCGAUGGUACCAAGGAAAAUGCUACGGAGGACGUGCGCGCUGCUACCGCAAUGGAGAUGUGGGAGAACUACACGGCAACAGCCCACGCAACCACAUGGGCGGAAGAUACGAUGGGGAUGCCGAGAGCUGCGGCCACCGCAGCGACAAUCUCCUCGGGUGCCUCUUCCACGAACGCCACGCACUCGUUUACUCCAGUCGUCGCAGCUGCAACGCCGUCACUCGUGCCGCUCUCCGCACCGGUAGUGACGCUGCGCUCAUUUCCAGGGGCGCUCUGUGCGCUUAUUGAACGCUGCACAGCUACGCCACUCGUGUGUCUCACUCUGAGUGACCAGCAGUGUCAGGUGGCCGCCGUAAGGGACCUGCUGCGCGCGCUGCUGACGAUCAUGCAGAGUAUCGAUCCCAACAGCGUUUCUACAACGAACUGCGAAACCACACUCGUCUCUCACAGCUCGUCAUCCGGCCAACAUACACAAGUCGCCGCGACGGUGGCACUUGACCUUCAGGCUCUGCGUCUGGCCGCUCUGAAGGGUGUUUCACAGGUGCUAUCCACCUACCUGGACGGCGCUGACGGCACCGCGCAAGCGCCGGAGAGUGCGCCGCGUCAUAGGCAGCAGCCGGGGAUGGCGCAGUCGACGAAGGAGUCGGAAGCAUUGACGGCGGGGCUUGACAGCCUGGAUAUCUUAUCCGUCUUUGAGGAUGUUACACACCAGUGGGCACAUGCGCUCACAGCGCUCGCAACGGAUAAGGGGUUCAUUAGUGACUCAGCAGGGGUGGGGGGAGGUGUGGAUGUCGCGCCAAGGGGAGAUCGCUUUGUUGCAGUGGGAUCUCCACCAGGACAUCGUAGCUGUGAAGAUGGAAAUGGUGCUGCUGCUCAGCUUCACUGGGUGCUCCGUGUCACCUACCAGAUCAUUGCCGCUGAGCAGCUGGAGACAAGGUGCGCCACCUCACUGGCCACGCGGCGCGCACGUUUACUACCCCCGCUGCUUGUCCCUUUGGCACUCCGUACGCUAUCACUAAUCUCCACCGUCAACCCUCUCGCCUGCCGCACUGCAUCGUACGCGCAGUCGUGUGUUGACGUGUUGUGGGGCGCAUCGCUUCUGGCGCCAGGUGAAUCUGCACGUCAGCUCAUGUACGGCUCAAUGGGCGAUUCGGGCCUCGCCGGAGCCUCGAGCGACAGCUACGAAGGUGGGGCGGGGAUCAGCAGAGGCGCAGGUGCGAGCCCCCCAGCCAUGGACCUCUUCCUUACCCUUCUCCACCAGUUCAACGAGGGCCACAGUGCCGCGCACUGCGAGCUGCGCAACAACCUUGUGUGCCUCCUCGCAUCCCUCCUACGCUACGACAUCCAGCGUGUGGAAGACGCGCUCGUCGCGCGUCGUGGCGCUCAGGAUAGCAUCCGACGAACGGCGUUGGAGUCACUCAGCUACCCCUCCACCUCCCCACCUUCAGUCGAGGCUCACGACACGCCGCUCACACUCAACGUCGCCACAGUGGAGGCUAUCAACGCCGUGGCGGCGCUGCUGUUUGAGAUAACCUGUGGGACCGAACUCACGACGACUACGCACUCGGCCACCACCACAGCCGCAGCGGCAUUUCAGUCCUCCGGCGUUGAUAGCGGCGAAUCUGUUCCAGUGACGCUGCUCUCCCUCGACGCCGCGCGCCGGCACGCGUUGCGCUUUCAAUCUAUCGUCACCUCUGUGGCACGACGUCGCGAAAUGCUCGACUUCAAGAUCUACGGCUGGCAGCUUCUCGCUGCUCACUGCGACUGGCAGCUUGCACACCUCACCUAUCGCGAGUAUAUUCGCUACCACGACCCCGCCGCCCCCGCGGUGGACACGGCGCCGGACUCGCACCACCAAUGUGUCAGCCCUGUCGAACAGGUCAUAGGGGAAGACAACUACGACGGAGCCGUCACAGCGGCCCUCUGCGGCAUUUGCCUCUCGCAGGUUGGCUUCCUGGAUGUCCUGAUUAUGUACGUUGACACGCGCACCGACGAGGUGGCCGUGGUAGCGUGGACACAAGAAGAGCUUCUGCAGCUGGAGGUGGAGGCCUGGCAGCUUCUCACAUCCAUGAUCCUCUUUGCGCAGCACCUGGACACGAAAUCCGGUGGACAGCAGCCGCGCUGUCAUGGCCGGUACAACCGCAAGCUGUCUGUGGCACAGCAGCAGCAGCGAGAGGGUAGUCCCUUGCUGAGCGGGUCGGUGGAAGCUGUUGAGAAGCGCCACUUUGGCGAAGACGCGGAGCACGGUGAUAGGGAUAUGGACAGCGUAGACGCCACCAAGUCAGGCAUCCUGUACGGGGCCGGCAAGCACUUCAUCGCUGCCGGUGGUCUCCAGGUGACACUUCGUUAUUUGCACACCGCGCCACCCGAGGCAGAGGCGGUGAAGCGGUGGGCCCUCAUCACUUUGGCUGCUGUCGCGCGGACGAGCAGCACCGACGAGGCACACGGGGGCUCAGGCAGCUACACAAUCCAGGAGCUGACUCCCGUGCAGAGGGCCUUGGCGCAGCAUGCCCCGUCGCUUAUCCCAUUUCUCGUAAAACUCAUCCGGCAGGUCGAUGUUUACGUCGACACCUCUGGGGUACCAGCAGCGUUGCCUCCUCUGAUAUCUUCCAUCGCCGCGCCGGGGUCUGCGACGACUCCGCAGCACUCGUUGGGACACCGUUCUGUGCGUGAGAACAACGGCACUGACGUGACGGCAGCAACGCCGACUUACGAUGGGGUAUGUUGGAAUUGGCUGCCGCAAUCCGUCGCCCACAUGACACUCGCCGCCUGGUCUCUGCUUCGCUGCAUCGGGGAUGUCUUGCUGGCAGAGGCAGGGAGUGUUCGAGGACUGGCACUCUCAAUAAUUAACGAGGAUAGUAUCGAAGAGGGUGACCCCUGCAACGAAGACGAAGAUGCGGCAACACACGAGCCGCACACCGCCAUGUCCGUAGACGCAACCUCUGGAACUGCCAGCGCGAGGGGGCGUCAAUGCGUCAGGAGCGACAGAGCUUCGGGGCGGAGCCGCUCGUUAGAAGAACGGCAGCCGCACGACGAGGUGGACUUACCUAUCUCCAUCAUGUCAUCCUCUGGAUCUUCAAUGGGUUCGCUGGUGGAGAACGGCGACAACGCAGUCGUGAGUGGCCACGGUUGCCCGGCAGCGCGCUCGCCCAACCACGUCUCAGCCCCGUCGCACACGCGUGCGCUCUCGUGCAGCGCGCACUCUCCCGUAUUGCGCAUUCCGAACCUUUUUGCGGAACAGGGCGGAGUGGAUCUUCUCACGUCGUGGCUGCGACAUGUCAUGCGUCUGUGUUUGCCUGCGCAUCCGCCGCAGCAGCAGCAGCGCAGCAGCGCAGGAGUCGUGCCACAGCUCACAAUGGAAGAGGUAGCUAGCCUAGAGAACUAUGGCAACACCUUCCUGCUCCUACUGGACGUUUUUCGUGCCAUCGUGAUGGGCUGCAAAGCAAAUGAGAUGCAGUUCGCUGAAUCCGAUGGCGUACACGUAAUGCUGGACCUGAUGGAAGCCUACGCGCUGGCGCAUGGUCUCAUUGACCAAGCUGCCCGGCACGCGCGUCUGACGGUGGUGGAUAGCUUCGGCAGCGCUGCCGUGCAGACGGCAGACCAUAAGGAGCAGGAGGGUGUGCUGACCUACGCCACGACGCUGUUGUCUGACCUUUUGGAGAGUUGUCCUCGCGCCAUCGACUCCUUUUCCACGUGGCGCAGCAGCCGCAUCGCUGUGUCUCCACUCACUCCUGAUGUACGCGAGUGCCAACUACCCAGUGACGGCGGAAUUGAAGCGGUGCAGCUGCUGCUGUGUCUCUGGGCGUCAGAGAUACCAGCACGGGAGUGCGACGGUGCACUGGGAAGCAUCGGCACCGCUCUGGCGAGUACGUCUGGUUUAAAGCUCCUCCGGCUGCACCUGAAGCCAGCUGUACGCAUGGCGUUGAAGGAAGAGUACGUGUGCCGCCUCUUGCACCGGCACGCCGAGUUGGGGGUGCUGCAGGUUGAAACCAUUCGCAAAUACUACCUCUACCUGCACUCCGAAGUGGCUCCAGCAACCGCGUCACUAGUGCAGGCGGGGGAAGUGACAGACGCUGCCGUGCUCGCUUACAUGGAGGGCCUCAUCUCCCGAAGCAGCAGGCGCUCCCCCGUGGCUUUGGAGCAGCAGAUCGACCUUCUCCUCUAUCAUGCACUGGGACUGUGCAUAAAAGUGUACGCCUGUUUGUCCACCAUCGGGUUUGACUCGCUUCGCACUGCAGAGGCAGAGACACUCACAACACCGUCAAUGGGGCUGCGCCUCUCCUCCCUGGAGAGGUCCUUCCUGGUUCAGAUUGCCGCGCUGCCAGCAUUGUGCGUGGACGAAAUCAGCGUGGCCAUGGCAGAGGUUUCUCUCGAGCACCAAUUCUCGGCUGACGCGGCGGCCUCCAAGAGCAGUGAUCCCGGCGCUCACGAUGGCAACGAUGCGACGACGUGGCGACCAACGACGCCGGAUCGGCGAGUGCUGUGCGCCGCGGCGCAAGAGGCUGCUGUUCGUGCCGGAGAGCUCGAUCAGCUCAUCGAGGUCGGCGCGCAGGUGCAGCACGCUCGAGAGUCACAGCUGUACAACCGCUUCCUUGUUACACAGUUGCGACAGCCAGUGGGGCGGCCGGCGGACGGUCGGCCAGGUGCCGUCAAGGGUUUGUGGAAGACACAACGGCGCCUCUCUGCAACCUGCGGUAGCGGCUUGGGUGGCAGCGGCGACAAGAUUGUGUUUUCUGCAGCAGAGCUGGCCGUGCGCCUCUCGACUCGCCUUGCCGCCGAACACCUUCAGCGACAGCAGCUUAUCCCCUCCACCGUGCGUGUGACGCAGCAGCUCGGUGGCACGCAAGUCGAAGACUCGGUGGGUGAGGUUCAAAGCAGGGCAAGCCCGCCCAGUAAUGCACCCUUUGUGCUGGGCAGCAGUCGCACUCCGUACGCCUCAAUCAUGGGUUCUGUCAGCGCCGCCACCCAUGAGCGACUCCCAGACACUUUGUUCAGCGUCGUGGCGCCGCCGAAGCGUCCAUUUGUGUCCUUGCCGCAGCGGCACCAACAGCGGCAGGCAAUGAUCGCGCGAAGCCUUCGUAAGCUGCCUCAGGAUCAGCCCACCUUGCAGAAUCCUCACAAGCCGUAG